AAACUCUGCCCCGCCCCUUCACUGCCUGCCUGCACGUCGCGCAACAAAAAAACAGCAGCAGCGGCGGCCGUUGGGGAAGAGAGUAAAUAGAGAGAGAAGCCUCAAGAUGGCUGACUCGCUGUGCUCCGCUUACCUCACCGGAGCUGCUACUGCGGUAGCCCCGGCGGUCGCCUCCGCCAAAAGCCCGCUGGUCAAGCCGACCGAGGCAAAGGGAGCCCCUGACAACCGCCUUCAGUCUUCCCGGGAUUUCAAUCCGCCGCUGCCCAAGAAGGUCCGACUGGAGGAGAGGAGCGUUAAACCCAAGAAACUCAGCCGGGAAGCAGGAGUGGGAGGCAACGGCAGAGAGAAACUCCAGCAGCCCAAUAAGCAGCAGAUUUAUGGGGCGGGCUUGUGGAGCUUCAGCCCGGUUAAGACGAGUAGCAACAACCCUUCGGUGCCUGCUACCAGUGGGCACCAGCCACCGACAAACACGCAGAAAGUCUUUAAACAGAGCGACUUCUUCCUCCACAAAGCGCCUUCCUCCUCCAAACACAAAAACCCCAGUAAAGAUAAACAGCGGGAGAAGGGGGCAGGAGGCGGAGAGGAGAAGAAGAGAACUAAAGUACUGGUGACCUCCGGACCCGGGGAUAAUGUUAAUAACAACAACGAAAUCAGCACAAUUAACACCACUUCUGCAGUGAAACGAGAAAAUGGGGAGGUCAUGUUGGCACCCAAAGAGCACUCCAACAAGGACGAGGCAACAGAGAGAGACCGAGAGGAGAGGGAGAAGAAGAAGGUCAAAGACCGCCGAGAGAGGGAGAAGAAGAAGCACAAAGUGAUCAACGAACUCAAGAUGGAGAACGGAGAAGUCAAGCCGCCCAUCAAAGAUGAAAGAGAGAAGGCCAAGAUCAACCCAGAGGACCUGCAGAUCAAAAAAGUGAAGAAGAGAAAGAAGAAGAAACAUAAAGAGGGGGAGAAGCACAAACGAGUGAAGAUGUACCACCGCUCCUGCCAAACCAUUUGUGCCGGCCUGUUUCUCCUCCCUUCGUCUUCCCCACCUCCCAACUCCUCUCCCUCAUCCUCUGAUGUCACUCCUAACUCCUCCCUGUCUCCAUUUAAGUCCCCCCUACCUGUUUACCCUCCACCCAACAACAAAACUGCACACCUCUCUUCCUCUCCUCAUCUCACCCCCAAAUCUCUCUCAAACUGCGCCCUCCUCGACUCCGUCAACUCUCCGUCAAAGACCCCGACCCAACCCCAGCAUCAGUGCAGCUAUCCCGGCAUGGUGGGCUUGGAGUUUGCCCCGUACAUCCACAUAGAGAAGCAGCCGAACGGGGGGGCCCUGGUGGCCCACGCCUACACCUCCCAGCUCUCCUCCCUCUCCCCGGGCCAGAUGCAGAGGUUCGCCCAGGAGUUUGUCACCCUGUCUUUCAGCGAGGACUCAUCGCAGGCAGCUCAUUACGUGAUGGGGAUCGUCCAUGGAGAAGCCAGCUACCUGCCGGACUUCUUGGACUACUUCUCAAGCAAGUUCCCAACCGCUCCAGUCAAAAUGGAAAUACUGGGAAAGAAGGACAUAGAAACCACCACCAUGGUUAAUUUCUACUCUCAGGUGAAGAAAACGUACAGUAAUGGCACAUACCGAGCCGGAGCAAUGAGACAGAUCAGCCUGGUGGGAGCCGUGGACGAGGAGGUCGGGAAUUAUUUCCCAGAAUUCCUCGGCAUGCUAGAGGAGUCGCCCUUCCUGAAGCGGACUCUUCCGUGGGGAACGUUCUCCAGCCUGAGGACCAUGGAUCCCACCGAGAGCGACGACGGGCCCAUCAUGUGGGUCAGACCCGGGGAACAGAUGAUACCUGUAGCUGACAUACCAAAGUCUCCUUUUAAAAGAAAACGCUCCACCAACGAGGUGAAGAACCUGCUGCAGUCUCUGCCGAGGACCAGCGAGCCCAGAGAGUUGCUGUUCGAGGACCGGACCCGGGCCCACGCUGAUCACAUCGGGCAGGGCUUCGAGCGACAGACCACGGCAGCAGUGGGGGUGCUGAAGGCCGUGCGGGCCGGAGGAAGCUCGGAGCCUCCUCGUGUAACCAAAGACGUUGUGUGUUUCCACGCUGGAGAUUUCCCUCAAGUAGUUCAGAGGCUGCAGCUGGACCUGUACGAGCCUCCGCUGUCUCAGUGUGUGCAGUGGGUGGAUGAUGCCAAACUGAACCAGCUGCGCAGGGAGGGCAUCCACUACGCCCGCAUCCACCUGAGCCACAACGACAUCUACUUCAUCCCUCGCAACGUGGUGCAUCAGUUCAAGACCGUGUCGUCCGUCUGCAGCCUGGCAUGGCACGUACGCUUAAGGAAAUACCACCAGGGAGCAGGAGAGGAGGAGGAGGAGGAGGAGGAGGAGGAAGAAGAGGAGGAGGAGGAGGAGGAGGAGGUGAUAGUGAAAGUAGAGGAGGAGCAGGUUGAGCCGAGGGAGAAAGAGAGGAAAAAAGUGGAGGAAAAAGAGGAGAGGAGAAAAAAAAAGAGUGAGAAAGGAGUGAAGGUGAAGAUAAAGAAGGAGGAAGAGGCGGCUGAUGGGUUGGAAAACCGAGCGCUGCCAGCUGUGAGAAAACAGGAAGUGGCUCAUCACCCCGCCCCCCUGCUGGACUCCAACAUGAACAGAGGCAAACGGCUGGAGAAGGAGAGGGGGAAAGAAGGAGGGGAACUCAAACGGCAGGACUCACCUCCUGGAAGGGUGAGAGCAGACCUUCCAGUGCCUCCUCUCUGCAAGAACAACUCACCUUCAUCUCACCCUCCUCAUCAGGACACCAAACCCAAAGCAGCAUCAUCAAAGCACCUUCAUCUCCACCCUCAUCAUCAUCCCUCAGACAGCAGAGGCACGUCUUCCACUUCAAAGCCUUCAGCUCCUCAAUCCCCCAUCUCCAAGCCUUCCUCCUGUUCAUCAGCUGUUACUCCUUCACACUCCUCCUCUCCUGCUCUCUCCUCCUCUUCCUCACCCCUGACUCCCAGACCUGCAGCGGUCUUCUCCAAACGUCCUCCCCCCGGCGUCUCCUCCACCCCCCGACUGCCUCCCUCCUCUCAGUCGGACAGGACAAAGACUGAUGUGGCGUCAGAGCCCGGGAGGCGGUUGCAGCCGGGGGUCCGAUCCUCGCACGGCCCCCCCGCUGUGCACUCACACUCCUCCAGAGGGGACACACACCCAGCCCCUCGAGACUCCCGCACACACCCCCUGCAGGAGAGAUGGCCUCACAGUGCGGACUCUAGACUGUCUUCUGAUCCUCACAUGCACCUGCAGCAGUACACCCACCAGCACCUCCCCCCUCCUCCCCUCCCCCACAUGCUCCCCCCGUCUUUCUCCCCUCUCCUGCCACCCUCACAUCUCCCUCACAGAGGAGUCCGCCUCCCCCCGAAUCCGCUCUCACAGCCGCUGAACUCGUAUCAGAAAGCUCUGCCUCACAUGAGCCGGCUCCACCUGCCCCCCCCUCACCCCCCACUCCCCCCCAACAUCAGCAUGCAGUCUCAGACAUACUACCAGCCUCCUCUGCUCUCCGCCCCGUGUGGACCUCCCCUCCCCAGCUCCCAGUCUCUCCCCCCUCACCUUCCUCACCACCACCAGUAUGCCAACACCUUCUUCCCCCCGCAGCAUCCCCACUUCUCCCCUCACCCCUUCCCCCCCCCUCAGUCUUACCACUCUUACCCGCCACAAUACCAGCCACAGUCUUAUCCUCACCCGCCUCCUCCUCCUCCUCCUCCUACCUCCUCGCCGCCUCCCCCUCCUCCUUCUCAUCCGCCUCCCCCUCAGCCUCCCCCGGCUCUCCUCCUCCCCCCCCCUCACAGCACGGAGAGCAGCAGAAACAGGUGUAAUAGUUAGUGUACAUAAGGAUGCUGUUUUGUAUUUGUGAUGAACAAUGUAAAAAGGAAAACUGGUUCAGAACACGGAGUCGGACCUGGUUCUGGACUGCUUCAGAUUGUACCGCCCCGAUUGGGUCUCGUUGUUGCAUUCAUCAGCAGUUUUGGCCUUCAGUCACGCUCCAGAUUUGACUUUGAAGAAGAUUUGAUUCAGGAAGAAGUUCUCAGUGUCUGCCAAACUGCUUCCUGGUUCCGUUUUUUGAGGUGAGCCACCAGAGGUAGGAAGGAAAAGGUAAAUGUCUGCUCUGACAUAUUUUACAUAUUUCUAUGAACAAGGUCACGAUGAUGACCUUUUUGUGAAUCUUGCAGCUAAUGCUUCCAAUUUUGUGGCUUUUUUUCGUAUAUUCUUUGUGCCCAAGACUGUUUCUGGAAUAUGAUGGGUCAAACCAUGAUAUUAUACAAUACACUAUUGUAUUGAUAUAAUAUUGCUACAUUUGCUCUAACAUUCUGAAUCCAUACAUCAUAAUGAAAACAGUUGAUCAGAAUACAUUUCUCAGAUAUUGUAUUUUGAGCUUUAAAGCUCUGCAAUAAUCUUCUAACAAUAAAUAUAAAUUAGGGCUGCUCGAUUAUGGCACAAAUCAUAAUCUCGAUUAUUUGGGUCAAUAAUUGAUAUCACAAUUAUUAAAAACGAUUAUCCAUUUACUUUGAAAACAUCCAUUUAUUGAAAGAAAAAGGUGUAUGUUUUUAACAGUUGAUUACCCUGAACUUUAAGUAUAAUUCAACUGAUAAACCAAUUAAAAAAAAAAUAUAUAUAUAUAUUUUUAGAUAAAUAAUAAUAAUUAAAAAAAAUCGUUUUAUUUCGAUUAUGUUGUUUUCAUAAUCGUUGCAAGCCAAAAUCGUAAUUGCGAUUAAAAUACGAUGAAUUGAGCAGCCCUAAUAUAAAUGCACUUCCCCAUUAUUGAUAUGGUGACAGCACAUAUCACUAUUUCUAUUCUGACUUUAAAGUCGUGUCCUAUUGAAUCCUGUUGGGAUUUUUAAAAUGAGAUCCAGUGUUGUAUUGUUAAAAAAUCAACAGGUGAUCAAAUUGGUUGAUGGAAUAUGAUGACAAAACAAAGUGAAGUAUUAUGUUGUACCUGUAGCCCUCAGCAGCAGUGGCAGAGCUCUUACUGCGGUUGUUUAUUAGUUCUGGUAAAUGAACACUUACUGUUCAGCCAAGCAUGAAUUAGACCCUGCCCCCAGAGUCUCAGGAAAGCCAUCCAGGAGUGGACACAUGCAUACAUAAAUAUAUUGGACUCCUAAAAACAACCCUAGCUACAUUUGAGGGUUAUUCAAAUAUGAAAUCAUGACCUAUGCAGCUUGCCAUGAGUUAAAGCACACAGCACCUGGAUAACAGAAGGAGCAGAGCAGCAUCAGAUUUGUAUCCACUGUAGAGAUGAUUGGAGCUUCUAAUUAUAUCAGAUGAUCAACAGGGCCAUUUCAGGUUCUUCCUGGAUUAUUAUGUAACUCAUUCAGGCCUUUUAUCAGACAAUUGUUUUAAUAUUGAUGGACGUAUGAAGGUACACUGUUGAGAGGUCAUUCCCAAAGCACUAUUUAUCUAUUUAAAUGAAGUUCAGAUGUUUUAUUUAUCAACCAGGAACUGUUAAAAGUACAAUAAAUUAUUAAAAUGAUGUUAAAGCAGCAAUUAUGAAUAUGUGUCUCCAAGUGGUGAGCAUCUCUUCUGUAUCAUUUCAUUGUCAAAAACUUGAUUAUGUCAUUGAUGUCUUGAUUUUAGUGAGGAUAUUGGAGUUCAGCCCACAUGCUAAUGUAGCCCGCAACAUUUCCCCAGUGCCUGUCCUGAACUGUGAACUAUUUAUGACCCAGAGCCACACAGAGAAGGAGUUCUGUCCUUUCAUGAGACUUCAUUUUGGGGUGUUGUCCCUGUAAAAUGAGAGCAAAGCCUUCAAUUGCUCUCUAAGCGUUGCUGAAAACUCUCCAAAUAUCUGUGGUGUACUUUGGGAUGAGUGGAAAUGCGUGGCUCGGUGGGACCAUCUCCGGAAAGCAGGGUUGUGUUUUCAGGAUUAGUGUCACCGCCAGUCUGGAAAAUGUCCGAAAAUGAAGCGUAAGCCUCCAGCUCUCUGGUCAGUUUGCCUUCAGAGGCUGAACCCUCCACUCUGUGGCUCUGAGCGAGGUGAUCGAAGACCUUGAUGCCAGUUCAAAGACUCUGCAGCUCUUUUUAUGCUUUCUUAUAUUUCAAAAAAUAACUGACAGAAACUAUUAUAUUUUUUGUACAAAUGUCACAAAAUGAUGGUUGAAAACAACACAAGUCUUCAAGGGCUGGAGUUGUUUCCAGAUCAUUUAUUUAUCUCAAGGUUUUGUUUCUAUUUUGUUUACGUGAUUUUUAACCGUCAGCACUGUAGUGUACAUACGAAGUUUUGUAAGGAAGAAAAACUUGUAGUGUGGUUUCUACUUUAAAUAUGAGCCUAGCUAAUAAAAGGUUCAAUGUAUGGACAAUG